GAGAGAUCAACGAAAAUGCUCGGAGUGAAAUUUAAAAAAAUAUUUUCUUUCAAACACAAAAAGAAAAGAAAAAAACUUCCGAUCAAGAAGCUAGAUCAGAUCUUGAUCAGGAAAUACGAUUCUUUGCAACAUGUCCGAUCCUGUCAUCAGCGGUACUGAGCCUACAGCUGAAAAUACAACAAGUUUAAAUGUCGAGGAGGAAACACAUGCUCAUAAAGUUCGUCAACAAUUGAUUGACAUUUAUGAUGCGGAAAAUCUUAAGAAGAAUGACUUCUUUAGAGAACUCGUUGAAAAGGAUCCUGAACACUGGGUUCCUCUAAAGAAAUUAAGUAUUAUCAAGCGAUUCAAAGAAAUCAUUGCCGGCGAUUUAUCUAUAUUUGAACAAGCUGUCAAUCUUGCACCCGAUUUGUUCGAAUUGAAUGAGGCCAAGACACAUUUACGUUCUCUCGCAAAACCCACCGAAGAAGGGGCUGAUAAUGGUGACGAAAAAGAAAAUGAAGGUGGAAAGACAGUGAAAGAGCUUCGAGAUGAAAGAAGGAAAGCAGAGAAUGAAAAGAAAGUGCUGGACCACAUUGAAGCGCAAAAUAAGCGUUCUAUUUAUUCUAAAGGAUUUAAGGUCGACCCAGAACCCAACGAGGCAGAAUUGAAACGCUUCUACAGUGAUUACGGCCGUGUUCUCUCCGUCCGUUUACGUCGUGAAGGUGGAAAUAACAAUCGUUCUGGUGCAUUCAAGGGCAGCAUCUUUGUCGAAUUUGAGACACCUGAAAUUGCGCAAAAGGUUGUCGAGGAAGCAACUACUUACGAGGAUCUACCGUUAACCAAUAUGAUUAAAGCUGACUAUGUACAAAUGAAAAAGGAAGAAAAAUAUGCUGGAGAAGAAUUCCAACUUUCCAAUAACAAAACCCAUCGUCAUUUGAUAGAAUAUUCAAAUGCACAAGAUUAUGGCUACAAAGAUAUUAAAGAACUAGUCAAAGAGGUUCAUCCCAACGUUGGGCGUCUCGAACCGUUGAAAAUGAAGGGCUGUGGCGUAAUUGAACUGUAUAAGCUAACACCGGAAGAAUUUUUGGACAAAUUAUCAGCAGAUAAAACCAUCAACGAUAUCAAGUUUGCAUUGUGCACUGCAGAAGCUCGUACUCAUUUCAAUAAGAUUGUAAAGGAUGGCUUCAAUAAAGGUGGACGCGGUGGACGCGGUGGACGCGGUGGUCGUGGCGGUAAACGUGGCGGAGACCGUAACAACAAGAGAAAAAGGGAUGAGGAAGAAAAUCCCAAUAACGUAGAGAUCAGUAAUAAGCGCGCUUUCACUCCUAUUCAAGUUGGAACUAGUUCCUCGAAGAAAUAAUUAUAC